CUGUGUGCUGGAGCAGCCAGGGACCAGGAACUGCAGUGAAUAAAUUAUGAAAAUGAGCCGACCCCAGACAAGAAUGGAGAUCACAGCACAGGGGGAAGAGGCAGGGAAGCUUCUCCUCCUCACUAAUCACCAGUUACUGAUGUCCUACUGUCCUGUAGCAGCCAUGCCUACAGAGACCAGAUCAACACCCUGUCAGUCGUGUGGAAGGAAAGCACAGCUGCGCCUCAACCUACGGCACACAAUAUCUCUGCACCGGUAUCUAUCCUGUAUAAUCACAGGGCAGAGUCCUAAUUCCAGGGACCUGAUGAAGAAUUGGUUCCAGCUGUCAGUAAAUAAUGAUAUUACACUGUCAGAUAAUCCAAUAUGAUGUUCUGCAUCACUAUACGUUUGAAAGAAAAAAUAAGAGUCAUGACUGGAAGAAGUUGUCCUGGUGGUCUGGAGAAGACAAAGAAAAGAGAACGACUCCAAAAAGACAUUUCCUGCGAGUCACUGUUGGAAACGACUUCUAUAUAGUCACUAUAUGGGGUGUAGACCAAAGGUUGGUGGACAACCAUGGAGACCUCAGCAAACGGAUCCCACCCGAAACCAACAGAAGACAACCCACCGAACAACCUAGAUAAUGGACAUGUCCAGAGGUCCCCGAUAAAAAAUCAAAGUUUUCUGAAAACGUUUGAGAGAUUGAGUAAGAGAAGCCUUAAGAAGCCGAGAAAAGAAGAAGAACCGGAUUCUCCAAAGAAACCGGAACUGGAUCAGAAUGUGAGAUCCAGUAGAGUAUUUCCUGACAAGUCAGUGUUCAGACUGAGUAAGAGGAGCCCAAAUAAAGUGGAGAAAAAGGAGGACGCCAGCUCUCCGAAGAGUAAAGAGCUACCUGAAGAAACUGCUUCUCUGGUGGGCAAAUGGAGGAGGAGUAUAAAGGGGAAGAAGAGAAUUGAGUAUAAUGGAGCAGAGACGAAUGCUGCACCGGAGGAACCAGGGUGCGAAGAGGAAGAGGAACUUCAGAUGUUAUCAGUGAUGGAAAUAAAUGGUCUUAUUCAAAGCAAAGAAAUAAAGAAAGCCUUUAAAAAUAUAAAGUUUAUGGAAGAUAAACUCCUGGAGGAGAUUUGUGCCAAUGAUUUCCAUGAGAACGUGACAGAAUUCACGAUACGGGGGAGAGACGUAGACUUGUUAUAUGGAUCCCUGUUCAACAUGGUGCGGUCCAUAGUGAAGGACUCUCUUCUCCAGGACCAUGUAGAUGUGUCAUUGGUCUCCUCCGUCGUCUAUCUGAUUAAUAAAGAAGCAGAAACCCACAAAACUCCAGUAGUGACUCCAGCAAAUAGUGAAAUCCCCCUUCUUGGCCAACCUAGAGGAUGGAAAAGAUUAUGGAAAGAGGCGGUAAAAGACAGUGUAAGCAAUCGGAUAGAGUCGUUGGCCAUGACGGACAGAGAGGACGGUUGGUUCGUGAGACACCUGGAGAAUCUCCAGUCUAUUACUGUGAAAGACAUGAAAAACGUGAAAAAAUCCCUGAGUUCCCACUACCCUGAGGACUAUGAUGUGUGUGCAACCUACGCCAGAAGUUUUCAUGAAGCUCUGGCCUCACACCUACAGAAAAAUGUCAUCCCCUUGGCCUCGGAGCUCAGUCAGCUGUACUGCCUACUGGACUGGAUAGUCAAUCAAUACCGAAGAGACGACUUUAUGGGUCAUCCUGAACUUCAAGCAGAGAUUAACCCUUUGAGUCUCCAAGCCUUGCUAGAAGGAGAAUGUCUUGAAAACCUCAAAAAAGAUUAUAAUCGUGCUUUGCAGGAAACAAUUAGGAAGUAUCUGAACAAUAUACUGGAAAUGGAGAAGAGGAACUGGGAGAAUGGAGAAGAGGUGGAAGAACUGGUACGGGGAGACAGCUGCCACCUACCCAUCUACACAGACAUCGAGGAGAUGAUAGGAACUCACGUCAGACAGUCGGCGACACUCUCCGAAGAUCUAGAGACUUCUGCAUUCAUUGCCUGCAUAAAGGAACUGGGGAAGUUCACCACAAGACUGCAGGCCGCCUUUCAGGAUAAUUUCAGUACCGGUCUCACCGACUUGUUUGUCCAGUAUACCGUCAUCUACGUGAAUAGCUUCACGAAACUCAGACACAACACAACACAGUCAGACGCGGAGGAGUGCAGAUGUGCCGAAAACAGUCUGAACAGUGCCGUCAAGAGUCUUAGACAACAUUUCUUCCGUCUUUUUGUGAAGGACACAAAGCCACAAUUUCAAAAGUUAAUCACCGAAAAUUGGCUGAAGAACAAUACGACGUUCAACGCCAUCAUGAAGUCAACGGGAAUCCUGUGCCGGUGUCUCAAAUACUUACUUCCUCCGCACGAUAAGGACUUUGCUUGUGGGAUCCACCAUUACUUAGUGAAGGAAUAUAUAACACAGAUUAUGAAGAGGAAACUUCGCCUCAAUCAUUUAAGAAGGAAAAAAGCAGCGCAGAAAAUGAGAGAAGAAGGUGACCUGAUAAAUAAGGCUGCGGACGACAUGGGCUCCAAUCUGAACAAUCUGCAUUACGCAAUUCACUGCAUUUCUGAAAUCCUUGGUGUCAAGAAAUCAGAUGACAUAAAACCUAAACUGGAAGAACUGUUCAACCUGUAUCCAGAUAUCAGCCAGGACCACGUUUUGUGCAUUUUACAUCUUUACAGCACCAGAAAAAAGGGAAGACUUCUGGAACAUUUCCAAAAACUACAGCAACCAAACCCUUCACCUCUGGAAGCCCAAUGGCCAAGAUUGUUCUCAGAAAUCGAAUGUUCAACACAAGCGGCCUGUUUUCCCCUCUGUGGUUAUGGUGCCGCCCCGAACCUGGCGAAAGAUGACUUUGUGGAAAGAGGUGCGGUGCACGUGGAAGAGGAAAACUCCUUUACAGAUGAAUAAGGAAGUCCGGGCACCAUGAAACUUGAAGAUUUGUGAAGAUUUGGUCAAUUCCUGCAAUCAAAGAAUUCGGAGGCUUCCUUGGCUUAGACUGGAGGUUAUUUAGGUGUCAAUGAUAGAGCCGCAACAUGAUGCUGGAAAUCUACUGUGAAAGACAACAUUCUUCGACAUUUUCUUCUACAUUUCCUAAUUCUACGUAGAAGUGUAUUCAUACUGUAGAAGUGUAAGUACUGUGUAAGUAUCAAGUUGUAAAGAAUUCAGGAGUUUCUAGAAACUGUGUGAAAACCCUCGUAUUGAGAGACAUAUUGGUCACCCAGUGUCUCCUGGUGGCAGGACAAGGGUUUCCCAUCGGCCUUGUCCCAUUAGGCCUUGUCCCGCCACGUGACGCCACUCAGGAAUGGAUAUAAUCUGAUUAAAGAGAAGGUCUAACGCAGGAUAUCCCAACCAUUAUGCCUCCAAGUUGUUGCAAAACUAUAACUCCCAGCAUGCCCGGACAGCCGACGGCUGUCCGGGCAUGCUGGGAGUUGUAGUUUUGCAACAGCUGGACGCACACUGGUUGGGAAACACUGCUAUAGUCUAACACCAUACACAGCAUAAGCACAAUUUGCAUACCCUCUGGAAACACGGCAAGGAUCUCUAGGCUGUAGUUAUUCCCAGUUCUGUGGAGUCACAGGGCGUGUCACAUGAUCCCUCUCAUCCAAAAUGAAUGAUGCAGUUUGUGAGUCGGCAGAACCAGCCAUUGUUUACCCAGAUACUUACCUGGUCGUGGUCCUUGUGUCUUGUGUCUGUUCAUCCUUGUUCCCUGUGUCCAUUUAUCCUCUCUGACCUCCUGUGUCUUGACCUUUGCCUGUACCCUGACGUUACCUUUUCCUCUUGACUUUGUACUUUGCUGCUCUCUAUAGGUUGUCCUAACUUUGUCUUUGCCUUUUGUGCCUUAUCUGCCCACGUGUUACCUACCUGCAGGCAUCUUACAGUAUUUAUAAUGUAACUGUGAAAAUAUAAAGUAUCCAGUGCUGUUGUGAUGCAAGCAGAACUGUAUCGGACCUAUAAUUCACUGCCAUAAUAUUUGUAACUUGUUACCAUUAUAAGAUAUGUACUAUUUAUGAUAUCACAUUUCAACCUUAAAUGGUCACUAACUUACCUUUCAACAAACUUUGCAUUCAUUAUUAGUAAAAAAAAAUAUUAUAAUAAUUUGUCUUGAGAAGGACUGAAGGAUCCUGGUUACAGCUGCCCAUAGAAGUCUAUUGAGGGUGGGAGUGACACAAAGAAGCUGUUAUAUAUUCCCCAAUGCUGGAUUCACUGCUUAAACUAAUCAGUACUGAUCUAUAACAUCCUCAAUGUUUCUGCUGCUUCUGAGGGUGACAAAUUAGGGGGGCAGGAACCUCUUUUCUGCGUGUGCAGUGUAUGGAAAACAGCUGAGAGACAACUGCUUAUUAGACAUAGAGACUGCAGAGGGGAAAACUGGUGAAAAAAUGUAAUAUAAUGGCCGGUAAUAGUGAUACUCCUCGUGUACACACAGGACUUUUUAUUCUGAAAGGUUUGUAAGUGACCAUUAAAGCUACUUUUCAGGAGCAAUAAGCAAACUUUGUGAAAUUAUUAGAUAUGGGUAUUAUCAUAAAAUUCACAAGAAAACCAAGUGACUUAUGAAUUUCUAUGUAACUAAAAUUGUAUAAGUAAUUUUUCUAUUUCAA